AUGGGGUUCAACUCGUCACCUGGCCGAGGUAGGAAGCCUCAGAAAUCCACUUUGAGAAAAGCUAUAAGUCGUGGCACACGAGAGAAACUGAGAGGGAGAGAGUGGGGCACAUGCAACAAAGACCACACACCAGCCACUCCAAUCAAAGCACCAGCCACGGUGGCUCUGUUCAAACCGGCUGCGCUUGGAGGAGUUGUAGGAGAACCGUCACUUGGAGGAACAGACACGGAGGGACCAGGGGCCACGGGAGAAGGUGGUGAGCUGGCUGGAGAGGAGGAAGGAGAUGUGGAUGGAGCGUUGGAAGGAGUUGGAGCAGGGAUUGAUGGAGCAGGAGUUGGAGCUUUAGUUGGAGCAGGAGUAGGAGCUGGAGGUGGAGUUGUGGGUGCAGCGGGUGCAGGAGUUGGUGGUUUGGUUGGAGGAGCUGUUGGUGCAGCUCCUGGUGCCUGA